AUUUCAUGUAAGCACCCCGAACCGCUCUUGUUUUACUUGGCACUAUUCCUAGACUUAAAAAAAAAAGAACGAUUGUUUCUGGCCGAGCAAUGUCCGCUUUGGAGCGUGAUGCGGUGCGUAGUUUCUCCGAAGAUUACCAUACCACCGAGGCCGCGGAGGAAGGAGCCCGACGCUGCUUCAGGUUCCUGCUGCUGACAGCCUUCCUGCAGGGGAUCGCGUGCAAUCUGCUCCAACCCUUUAUGCACACACAGGCUGAGCCCCUCGGUAAAGCGGAGGUUCUCCUCUCCGAUGGCUUGCACGGACUUUAUCUUCUCGUUGUCGUCCUGGUGACUCCUUUUGCUGGAAAACUGGCCGAAAAACAAUUCAGAUUCCGGAAGAUCUUCCGAAUGGCACUGUUCUUCGAAGGUCUAUGCUGCAUCGCCUACGAAUUUUGCCGUCCCAUGAAGAUACACGUUGUCCUUUCCAUGUUGCGAGUCUUCCAGUCCUUCGGAGCUGGCAUCGUCUUGCCCUACUACGUCUCCAUUCCACGUCUUCAGCGCGAGGACACCGCUUCCUGGGCAACUCCAGUCAUCGGCAGCAUGUUUGUCUUCGGAAUGGCCGUAUGGAAAAACAUCGGAGCUCAGUGGUACAUGUCUGGCUUCUGCCCACUUCCAUUCGCAACGGUAGGGGGCGCCCUCGUCCUUGCUGCCUGCCUGUCCGUCAGGAACCUGCCAUCUAUACGUCACAAGCGUUUCCUCCAAUCGGAUGCAACAUGCCGCGUGAUCGGGGACGUGAGGAUAUUUACAGACCUUAUAAUAGCAGGGUACGCUUGUAUUGCGUCUGUCUACAGCCAGGGUGUGCUAGGGUAUGCGCUUCGAAAGCAUGGGAUCCCUUUGCCGAAGGUCAACCGUAUCUUGGUGCUUCUUGGGCCAGCCAACGUCAUAACGGCAGCUAUCGUCGGUCCGGUUGGAAAAUCGCGUCAUGGCACCACAUCUUUCUUGGGGUGGCUCAUGGCCAUGGUGGGCAUGCGACUGGCCAUUUCUGCAGCAAAGGCUCUCGCGAAACCGUCUUUGGGUACAAUUAUCUUCAGCCAUUUAAUGAUCAGCUUCGGACUGGGAGGUGACGCCAUAUGUUCCAUCUUUCAUGCACAGAACAGGACAGCGAACAACAUCCGCAGCAAUGCUCUCGGGCAAGCAACUGUGGCAGGUUUUGCAAUCGCUGCCAUCGCCUUGGGGAGGCUCCUUGGUAUCGUACUCUACACCUACUUACAGGACACAGGGUCAUAUCUGGAAAACCCAACGUUUAGGUGCUUCGUCGAGUUGCCCAUGCUGCUGCUGACUGGUGCCUUGCUCGUUGGAGACUACCUGUUCGGCGGUGAAGAGCUCGUCGAGAAGAUGGGAUACGCUUCCGACUGACAGCUUCGGCACGGUUUCUCGCAAAUAAAGAAAUGUCCCGCGGUACAA